AUGCUAAAACCAUCUUAUGCAGACAUUGCACGUAUGGAGCUUCCAAAGAUUUUACCGCCAUCUUAUAGGGGCAUCAGUAUCCGCUAUUUUUACUAUGUUAGGACCAAAUUAUUUGGAAGGCCGGUUGUACUGGGUAAUGGCGACCAAUAUAAAGGUCUUGUGAAUAGUGCAAUUCAGCUGGAAGCUCGAGUCAGAUUGCAGAUACGUGUUUCCCAGAAAAGCAGCAGCCUACUAAAUGAACAAGGGAAUCCGCCAUUCUCGGUGGAUCUACCAGGCAUAUUUUGGAGGGAAAAAGAUGAAGAUUCAGAAUGGAGCAAAGCAAAUGAUAAUGCUGAUCUAGAAGAAGGGUAUGAUAGUUCUAAAGAUGAAGUUUCAUCUGUUUCCUCAUACAAUCCUUCCAAAGCAAAUCGUGAAUUCUCCCUGGGGAGCUCGUUGUCAACGCAGUCUCUGUCAUCACGGCUCUCCACGAGUGAACCAUUUUACAAUCAAGUAGAACGACCUAAUUUCCCAUCAUACAGUCCAAUUCCUGGAUUGUCAGUGUCAGAGAUUUCAGAUGAUCAUGACGGAGGUUCAGUGGCACCUCAAAGGAAUCUAAACCUUUUGCUACCGGACCAUCCAUCGAAUGGGCAAAGGGUUUCUCCAGAUUUUGAUCUCUCAAAAGAUGAUGUUGGACUCCCCCUUACGCCGAAAAAUGUUGAACCAGCUGGAUAUGAAGGCUUUACGAGAGGAAGAUCUUAUAAUAUAAGAAUUGAUGACCAAGUUUUGCUUCGAUUCUCACCAAAGAAUUCUGACUCAACUUAUUACUUUGGUGAUAUGAUUGGUGGAGCACUUACCUUCUUUCAUGGAACUGGAAAUCGGAGGUGUCUCGAGGUAUCUAUAACCCUGGAAACAUCAGAAACAAUUAAUCCCCGUGCAUUACAUCCUUCGAGAAGGGGCUCACCGACGGUAACCAAGCUACACAGUGAACACCAUGAGGUUGUUUCAGAUCUUCACCACACAAGCUUUCUAUUUUCCAUCCCCAUUGAUGGCCCUAUGUCAUUUUCUACCUCAAAGGUCACUGUACAGUGGUCUCUUCGAUUUGAGUUCUUCACAACUCCUGAAGGAACAGACCCAGCUAGGUAUGAACACCCACUCCUUGUUGAGAAAAGAGAGAAGGGUGAAUGGGUCCUCCCUGUAACUGUUUACGCACCUCCACUGCACAGACGAGCUACUCGUGGGAGGAAUGAUAGAUCUGGCUUACCUGGAAACAUCCUCGACUCUUGA